AUGGAUACGGGGCCGUUACCGACUAGAAUUAUUAGGAUCGAUUCGCGCUAUCGCCACCAAGCCCAGGACGUUGUGAAAAAGGAACCCGCGCAGGUGCAAGUGGAGGAAGAGGAGGAAUCUUCGCACGACGUUGGGGAGCCACUUUUGAUCCGCGAGCAGAAAGGACGCGCCGUCAUGGGCAAGGCCCAUCGCCUGUUCCACCGUCGCUCGGCGCAGGUCACGCCCAAUGUCAAGACCGUAAAUGUGGAAGUGGUUGCCACGCUCGAUUCCGCCGGAAAUGUGGUCGGGCAAGCAACUACAACGCCUGGUGUGGACGCUGCGCCGACAGCAGUUGUGCCAUCAGUAUCUACAGCCGCAGCCGUUGACCCUUCAGUAGCCACAGCAGCCGCCGUCGAACCUUCAGUAGCCACAGCUGCAGCCGUUCUACCUUCAGUCCCCUCGGUCCCUCCGUUUCCUACCGACUUGAAUGUUCCAUCCGUUCCAGCCUACCCGUGGCCAUCAGGCGUACCCACAGCGGCAGCCGCCGAGACCACCGCACAAUCCACAACUCUCGAGUCUCCCGAGUCGACACCUGCUGCCACUCUCUCGAGUGCUCUCUCGAGUGUCUUUUCGACUGUAUCUGGAUACAAUUCCACAACAUCUAGCGCGUCCUCCAGCACAGCCUCGUCAUCUGCAUCAUUGUCAUUCAAUUCGACAUCAUCACAGUCCUCUUCGACAUCAUCUUCGUCGUCUUCAUCACACUCGACCUCGCUCUCAUCAACUGACUCUUCCAUCACAUCUAGCGCCACAUCUGCCCAAACCACUAGCUUGAGCUAUGUUGCUUCCAGCACCGCAAUAGGAGGCGGCGCUGGUGGCUUUUUCGACCCUGCGACUACGGGCGCUGCAUCUCCUACGGGCACGACGGCGCCGACCACCAAUGAUGGAUCAAGUGGUCCGCUAGAGACACCCCAGGUCGUCGGAACUGUUGUUGGUAGUCUGGCUGGCGUCGCUUUGCUUCUAUGGUUGAUGCUGUUCCUCAUCAAGCGCCACAAGCGGAAGCAGAAUGGCGGCGCCCUCCAACUCACUGGAGAUGACCACACGGAUAGGGAAAUCAGCCAACCCAUGACACAAAACGCAGCACGCACAAGCUUUGUACCCCCAUCCUUCCUCAAUCGCUUCUCUGGGGCAUCUAGAUCAACAGCCGAGAGUAGCGGUACGGGUGAGAAGAGCUUCCAACGUAUCUCGGGACGUAAACUGCCUUCCGCCUUCAGCGAGGGUAUGACUUCUGAGCAAUUCGCCGCGGGUCGUGGAGAGGGCACGCUAUCUGGCUCGUCGUUCUACCAUGACGACAAAGGCUGGUACGGCGGUCCAGGCGUCGUAUCAAAGGACUUUGGGGAUUCGAGUUUUGCAAAAGAAAUUGGAGAAACGUCGAAUACAGGUGCGAUGGGCACCGAAGCGCGAGUGAGACCAAGCCCCGCUCAAACACCAGUCAUCCACCACCCCGAUGAUACGCCUGUAUGGGGUGCACCACCCCGCAAUGGCGGAAACACGCUGAGCCCACCGGCCACGCCCAACCCCGACUUUCCCCCACGAGGUUCGCUCGGAAGGAGCCACCCCUCGCGAGACGGCUCGACCAUCUCACGGGGGUCGCGCUUCACCGAGAACGUGUGA